AUGGAAGAACUAAACAUGAGACCUUAUGAAAAGACAGUCAGCAUCUUAGAUUUAUCUGGAAAGAAAUUUCUGGAAUGGAAAGUGGAUGCAAUGAUGAAUUUGAAAGCUCAAGGCUUGGAACACACUGUUAAAGAAAAUAAAAGUCCCUCUGGUCAAACAACUGAUGCUACCUCUUCUGCAAUGACGGAUUUCAAAUCUGUAAUUGAUUAUAAUUCAACCAUACAUGAGAUAGUGUCUAUAUUGAGAUACUGUGAUCAUCCAGUUACGGAUGAACAAAUGAUUGAAAAAACACUCACUACCUUUCAUGCAAGUAACAUACUGUUGCAAGAACAGUAUCAUGAAAGAGGUUUUAAAAAGUUCAAUGAAUUAAUGAGUGUAUUGCUUGUUGCAGAAAAAAAUAGUGAACUUCUGUUGAAAAAUCAUAACCUGAGACCAACUGGAUCUUUGGCUACUCAUCAUGAGGCAAAUGCAACAAAUUCUUAUCCACCCGAGUCAAAUGCUACACGAAGAGGUGGACGUGGAAAUUACAAUGGCCGUGGAAGAGGCCGUGGAAAUUAUCACGGACGCGGCCGUGGUCGUGGUAGAAACAAUUUUCACAGAAACAGUAAUUUCAAAAAUUUUGAAAAACAGAAGGGACAGUCGUCUGGAAGCCACAAACAAAAUCCUUCGAAAGGAAAAGACACAUGUUACAGAUGUGGCAUGACAAGACAUUGGGGACGUACUUGUCGUACGGCCAAACAUUUGGUAGACCUUUACCAAGCUUCUGUAAAAGGCAAAGAGAAAAAUGCAGAAGCAAAUUAUGUUAACGAGGAAAAUGCUCCUUGUCAUAGCCUUGAUGUGUCUGAUUAUUUCAUGGAUAAUGCUGAAAUUGGAAAUGAUUUCAUUCUUGGAGAAAACAACAAUGCUUAG